AUGGCAGAGCUGCAAGAGAGCAAUGCAGCUAUGGCCUCCGGGGAGGAGACCGCCGCCCUGAUUGCCGAGAAAGUGGCCUUGAAGGAGACCGGACAGAUCGAAAUUGAAGCACUACGUCUCGACUGGGAACUGCUAGGAGUUCUGUAUCCACCAGCAACAACGUCUCUCGGAGCUGGAGCUUGCGAAGGCAUGGUUUCAACAUGGUAG